AUGGAAGAAAUUCAAAAUGAAGAAGACGAGAAAGCUUUAAAUGUUUUAAAUAAACAAUUAACUAAUUUAAAGAGUGUCAAUUCUCAAUUCUUCCAACAAUUUGAAGGAAAUAUUAAAUUAAAAACAGAAUGGCAAAAAUGUUUAAAUUAUGUUAUACAACUAAAAAUAUUUGUAAAAAAUAAUUUAAACGUGGAAACUAAAAAGAUAAUUUCUGAAAAAUUGAAGAAUGAAUGCGUAAAAGAGGGCAAAAAAAUUGAGAAAUUAUAUAAAAAAAUUAGAGAAUUAUUUGUUAAAGAGAAGAAUGUUGUGACUGCUAAAGAAUUAAAAAAUUUAGAAAAUAAUUUAAACAAAUUAUUUAAAGAAUUCAAAAAAAUUAUUGGCCAAAUUGAAAAUAAAAAUCAGUUAAUGGAGUAUUUUGAAGAAUUGAAAAGUAUUGAGAAAAAAUCUGAAGAAAAGGGACGUCGAGUUGAAAUUAUUGAAAAAAUGGAUAAUUUAGUGAAUGGAGAAAAUAUUAAUGAAUUUGAUGGACGAUUAAAAAAUAAAUAUGAAUUUUUGGUGAAAAAUUGGAAAAAAUUGUUUUUCUUCACUAAAGUUGAAAAUGAUGAAGAAAAAAAUAUUUUUUAUAAACAAAUAUUGCCUGAAAGUGAGAAAAUUAAAAAGAAAUUUGAAAAUUCUGGUCCCCUUUUUGUUAAAUAUUGUUUAACUAAAAGAAUUGAAAAUUCUUUCAAUAAAGAUGGAACUGUGAAAUUUUCUGAUUUUUUGAGUAAUGGUGUUGGGCAGGAAUAUGGAUGGGAAUUGAAUGAAGUUUUGGGGCAAAGACGUAUUGAUAUUGGGUAA